AUGUCCGACACCUCGCCCAACCAGGCUGCGGCCACGGGAGACAAGACUCCUCCUCGGGAUGCUCUCUCACCUAGACGAAUUGCCGCUGGCCAACUUAUCCCAGUCGAAGGCCAGCUUUGGCCCGACCAUCCAAAGAAUAAACGCAUGGGGAGAGUCAAUGCUGGAGUUGACACGAAUAGUGUCAACAUCCCGGACGAUGAUGGAUUAACGGACACCAAGACUGCCACCAAGGACAUCGUCGAAAUGACCGAUACGGAAGAUCCUGGCCCGCCUUCUGUGCCUGUUCCGGCUUCCCGGCCUUCGCCCACCAAAGCACGCCCGAAUCACACUACAUACCCUGGCGCCGGUCCUGGUGGCUUACCAAUAGAUGGCUUGGCUUGGAGAAACCACCCAGCGAAUCGUCCCUAUCAGUUUUUCUCCGUUGAGCAAACGCAUCACGAGGAGAUCAACAGACAUGAAUGCACUGAGGCUUUCCUUCUUGGAGAUGAUGAAAAGAAGAUUGAGGAGAAGAUCGACACUCGCACUCCAAACACUACUAUCUUCACCUUCAACAAGGAAGACCACACCCUCGCCAACCUUCUCCGCGACAAGCUUUUGAAGAACAGUCACGUCACCUUCGCCGCCUAUCGGAUCCCCCAUCCUCUUUUCGCCAAAUUCGAACUUCGAGUCCAGACCGACGGCGAAAUCACACCCAAGGAAGCCGUGCUGGCCAGUUCCCGCGACUUGGUCAAUGACCUGAACGUCCUCAAGACCAACUUCACCAGAGAAUACGAACUCAGAAAGAUGGUUGGCGGUGCACAGAACGGACAGUGA